AUGUCGCCCAUCAAGCCCUUACCAACGAAAUCCAAACCGACAGUGGCGGAGCCAUCUUCCUGGAGAAGUAACUCCAAGGCCCCGGUCGAAAGCUCCGCCGAUGAAGUUGAACGACUUCGCAGCUAUCACAUACAACUCCUUCAGACAACUAUAGGGAAACAUGAUAGGCACGAGGCUACGACGACGCCUAUUUUCACAAUGCCGGUCCUCGAACACUUCAAGGAGACUUCGGACGAGGGCACCGAAACUGCAUUCCCACAAUAUGGAUUAUUGGCCGGACAAACAGACCUCUUAAACGACAACGGAAACGGUGAAGCAAAAUCCGGCGAGAAAGAUCCAAGGCUCUUUUUCAAUAUUGCAGCACCAUCAAGUACAUUUAUCUGUGGGUCUCAAGGAUCGGGCAAGAGUCACACUUUGUCCUGCCUGCUCGAAAAUUGCCUGUCGACCUCUGACGCUAGUACUCUGCCACAUCCACUUACUGGGUUGGUAUUUCACUAUGACACGUUCAUCUCUGAUGAUGGAGGCUCGCCAUGUGAGGCCGCAUUCUUAUCGUCGAACCCCAAUAUCAGCGUGAGAGUACUGUGUGCACCCACGAACAUCAGGACCAUUAGAGCGAGUAGCCACCUCCGAAUAUAACCAUAACCCACGAGCUAACAUCUCUGCUAGAAAAGCUAUGCCAGGCUACCCAACGUGGAGAUCGAGCCAUUGAAAAUCAAUCAAAGCAAUCUAAACACAAAGCGUAUGCUAGAUCUCAUGGCUGUAAAGCAAGAUGAUGGGCCAAUGCCACUAUAUCUUCAUGCCAUCCACCGAAUCCUUCGGGAGAUGCGUAUGGAGCAGCAGGAAUCCGGCAGUUCAUUCGAUUAUGGUGAUUUCAGACGAAAAGUUGCCCUAACACCAAUGACCCCAGCUCAGCUUUCACCAUUGCAACAACGUCUCGACACACUGGAGAGUUUUAUGCCAAAAGCACAAACAGAAAGUCCCCAACACAGUCGAGUUGGUAUCAACGGAAAACGUGUAUAUGCAGAAAGUGGUAAUGAUUGGACUCCAAAAGUAGGUGCUGUGUCCAUCAUAACUGAAUUUAACUGAUCAUUGCAGCGGGGUCGUCUGACCAUAGUCGAUCUCUCAUGCCCUUGUGUGACGCCUGAGAGCGCGUGUGGUCUGUUCAAAAUAUGUUUGAAUAUUUUCCUGGAUCAAGCACCAAGCAUGGGCCGUAUAGUCGCUUUAGAUGAGGCCCACAAGGUAAGAUCUUCUGGUGGGAUACGUCCAAUGACAACUUCUAACAUACAUCAAGUACAUGAACGCAUCGGCCGAAGCAUCAGCCCUCACAGAAACGCUUUUGUCGACCAUCCGCUUGCAACGUCAUCUCGGCGCACGUAUAAUCAUUUCCACCCAGGAACCCACGAUAUCUCCGAAGCUAUUGGGUCUGUCGUCAGUGACCAUCGUUCAUCGAUUCACAUCCCCGGAAUGGCUUCGUACUCUCGAGGCGCAUCUUGCUGGAGCCGCAUCGUACGCAGUCGAGGAUGGAGAGGAAUCGGGUGAAGCUAAAAGGUCCAAGAAGAGCCUUUCGAAGCAGAUCUUCACCGAUAUCGUCAAAUUAAGAGUUGGCGAGGCAUUACUGUUCUCUCCAACUGCGGUGACUGGUCUUGAAGCAAACGUAAAAGGUGACCGGGAACUGAAGCGACUCGGAGCUGCUUAUCUGAAGAUUAGGGUCAGAGCGAGACUGACGACCGAUGGAGGAAAGAGCAUUAUGGCGGAUUGA